AUGCAUGAAAUAAGCCGCGACUUAAUUUCUCCUUUGCAGACGAUCGAGGGAGUGUCGCCGCUCGUCUGGACGGGGAAGACGCGGGACGCGGCGCGCCUCCACUUCUGCGGCCGCUGCGGCUACCGCGCGCCUGCCCGGACGAAGCUGGUGCGGCACGUCCGGAUGCACACGGGCGAGCGCCCCUACACCUGCGGGGAGUGCGGCCGGAGCUUCUGCCAGAAGGCGCAUCUCACGCGCCACCGGAUCGGGCACAUCACCCUUCUCUGA